AUGAAAAGCUGCAUUAUACAGCGAUAUGAAAUCCAGCCCAGAACCUUAGUUUACAUCAAUGCUUGGGGCAUUGCAAGAGAUCCUGAGUAUUGGGAAAAUCCAAUGGAAUUCUGGCCUGAAAGAUUCUUAAACAGUGCUGUUGAUAUCAAAGGGCAGGAUUUCGGGUUGAUCCCAUUUGGGUCUGGUAGAAGAAAUUGCCCCGGAAUGUCUCUAGGACUUGUAACAGUGGAGCUUGCACUCGCCAAUCUUCUUUACUCAUUCGACUGGGAAUUGCCUCGUCGGAUGAAAGCGGAAGACAUUGACUCUGAUGUUUUGCCAGGAAUUACAGUACACAAGAAAAACGCACUUUGUCUUGUGCCUAGAAACUACUUGGAGGGAUAUGAAAUCCAACCCAGAACCUUAGUUUACAUCAAUGCAUGGGGCAUUGCAAGAGAUCCUGGGUAUUGGGAAAAUCCAAUGGAAUUCUGGCCUGAAAGAUUCUUAAAUAGUGCUGUUGACAUCAAAGGUCAGGAUUUCGGGUUGAUCCCAAUUGGGUCCGGUAGAAGAAAUAGCCCCGGAAUGUCUCUAGGACUUGGAACAGUGGAGCUUGCACUUGCCAAUCUUCUUUACUCAUUCGACUGGGAAUUGCCUCGUGGGAUGAAAGCGGAAGACAUUGACUCUGAUGUUUUGCCAGGAAUUACAGUACACAAGAAAAACGCACUUUGUCUUGUGCCUAGAAACUACUUGUGUACUUGA